AUGGGGGACGAGGGAGCCGUGACCGUCUGCGUGCGUGUGCGGCCGCUCAUCGCCAGAGAAAACGCUCUCGAAGAUAAAGCGUCAGUCCAAUGGAAAAGCGAAAAUAAUACUAUUUCUGAAGUAAACGGUACAAAAGUAUUCACUUAUGAUCGUGUCUUUCACUCAAAUGACAACACUCAGCAGUUAUAUGAAGGUGUUGCUGUUCCAAUUAUAGAGUCAGCUGUGCAAGGUUAUAAUGGCACAAUUUUUGCUUAUGGACAGACUGCUUCGGGGAAGACAUACACAAUGAUGGGAAAUGAAGAUUCUGUGGGCAUUAUCCCUAAGGCAAUUCAACAUGUUUUCAAAGUUAUUUGUGAGAUUCCAGAGAGAGAAUUCUUGCUAAGGGUUUCUUACAUGGAAAUCUACAAUGAAACUAUUACGGAUUUGCUUUGUGAUAUCAGGAAAAAGAAGCCUCUGGGAAUUCGUGAGGAUGUUAAUAGAAAUACAUAUGUAGAAGAUCUGAUUGAAGAGGUGGUGGUUUCCCCAGAACAAGUUAUGCAAUGGAUUAGAAAAGGAGAAAAAAAUCGCCAUUAUGGAGAAACAAAAAUGAAUGAACACAGCAGCCGCUCUCACACUAUCUUCAGAAUGAUCAUUGAAAGCAGAGAACGAAGUGACCCUGCGAAUGCGAACUGUGAUGGAGCAGUGAUGGUAUCUCACUUGAACUUGGUAGAUCUGGCAGGCAGUGAAAGAGCUAGUCAAACAGGAUCUGAAGGUGUCCGACUGAAAGAAGGCUGCAAUAUAAACCGGAGCUUGUUCAUUCUGGGUCAGGUUAUCAAAAAACUUUGUGAUGACCCUUCUGGCUUCAUAAAUUACAGAGACAGCAAGCUGACUCGAAUUCUGCAGAACUCCCUUGGAGGAAAUGCUAAGACAGUUAUUAUUUGUACAAUUACUCCUGUUUCUUUUGACGAAACGCUCAGUACUCUUCAGUUUGCCAAUACAGCCAAAAGAAUGAAGAAUACUCCGAUAGUCAAUGAAGUACUUGAUGAUGAUGCCCUCCUGAAGAGGUAUCGCAAAGAAAUUCUGGAUUUGAAAAAGCAGCUGGAGGAAGUGUCUUCGAAGACUCAAAUUCAUGCAAUGGAGAAAGACCAGUUGGCCCAACUGUUAGAAGAAAAAAAUUCUCUUCAAAAAGUACAGGAAGAUAGGAUACGAAACUUAACAGAGAUGCUGGUGACUUCUGCCUCCUUUUCCUCAAAACAAAAUUUUAAAGCCAAGAGGAGAAGAAGAGUUACCUGGGCUCCUGGUAAAAUAAACCAGGGGAACGAGAGCUAUUUUGAAGACUUUGAAAAACCAGGGCUGACCGAAACAAAAAAAAUGAAAAUGUCUCUGUUGUCGCUACCAGACAUAGAGGAUUCUAUGUUAGAGAAUUGUGAACAAGACAAUCAGUGUCUGAUGGUUCCUGAUCAAAUUUCAGAAGUAGAAUGGACUGCUGGACCUAACAUGAAUUGGACUCAGAGAGACUUUGAAGAAUCUGUCCAACUCUGUGAAGCAUUAGCAUUAGAAAAGGAUAUUGCUGUAAAUGAGAUCAACACCCUGCAAGCCAACUUUAAUAAUCUAGUAUUGGAAAAUGAGCAGUUGAAAUUGGAAAUAAAUGAAAUGAAGGAGAAACUGAAGGAAAAAAUAGAAAUGGAUGAAUUUGAAGCACUGGAAAAACAAACACAAAAAGAUCAUGAGGAACAACUAAUGCAUGAAAUUACCAACUUAAAGAAUCUAGUUUCAAAUGCUGAAGUGUACAAUGAGGAACUUGAGGUAGAAAUAAACUCCAAACUGGAACAGCUGAAAGAGAAGGAGAACAAAAUAAAGAUACUACAGAACCGUGUGGAAGAACUACAGAAAGCAGCAGCGAAAAGAAAGGACACAUCUUUUUCAGUGGGAGAUUCUGAUAAGCUAAUUGAGGAAAUUCAGCAGCUGAAUAAAUCCCUCUUAGAUAGCGAAACCAUAGCCUUGGAUGCCAAAAAAGAAUCUGCUUUUCUCAGAACUGAAAACUUGGAGCUGAAAGAGAAGAUGAAUGAACUCUUAAAUAAUCACAAGCAAAUGCAAAAGGAUGUUCAACUCUAUCAAAGCCAAAUAGAAGCAGGAAAAGCCAGUUACAAAAAAAUGCAAGCUGAGUUGCAGAAAGAGUUGCAGUCUGUAUUUCAAGAAAACACAAGGCUAACUUCGCUGAUGGAGGGUAAAGUCCCAAAAGAUCUGCUCUCUGUUGUGGAGCUGGAGAAAAAGGCAACUGACUUAAAAGGAGAUCUAGAAAAAGCACUGAAAGAGAAUGCAAUUCUACAAAAACAAGUAAACGAGCUAUCAGAACUUCAGUCUCUACCAAAUACUGUUGAGAUACAGCAGAAAGAGAUCCUUGAAAAAUGUGAGGAGCUACGCUUAUUAAAAUUGGAAAGAGAAAAGCUGCUUUCUGAAGUAGCUGAUAAUGAAGUUAGACUUAAGCAUAUGACCGAAGAAAUUGGAAAAUCAAAAGACGAUCUAGCAGAUGCACAACUUAAAUAUGUCAAGUCUGAUCAGGAAUAUGCAGCACUUAAACAGCUCCAUGAAGAACUAGAGCAAAAAUAUGUAGCUACGUUAGAAAACAACGAACAAAUGAAGAUCCAAAUAGAUAUUCUAUCUAAAGAAGCACAGGAGUCUAGAACUACUUUGGAUGAAGUGAAAUUAGAGCUCUCUGGCAAAAUGAAAGAACUGGAAGAAAAGACAGCAGAGCACCAACAACUUCUUGAGGUAAGAGAAGAUUUUAUUCAGGCUCAACAGAAGUUAAAUGAAAUGGAGCAAUUAAAAGAGCAUGAAAAGAUUAUAGAGUCAAGACUGGAGGCCAAGGAUUCAGAGAUCCAAGCAGUUGUUCAGCAGCUCACUGAAUGUCGGGAAGAAAUAAAAGCUUUAACCCAGGAAAGAGAUUACUUGAAGCAAAAAGAGGAGUCUCUCCAAGCUGAGACAGACCAACUCAAAGAGGAUAUAAAGGACACUGUUUCUAUGAACAUUUUGGCACAUGAAGAACUGAGAAAUGCACAGAGUUCUCUCAAGCAAUCCCAGGACACUGUCAAGAAGUUGGAAAAAAAUAUUUCUGAAAAAGAAUCUGAGAUUCUGAGAGUUGAAGAGGCACUAGGGAAAACCAUUAAAGAUCUCGAAAUACAGAUAUCACAAAUGACAGAAGAAAUAAAAAUCAUCACAUCAGAGAGAGACCAGCUUGCUGAACUAAAAGCAGAAAAUACCUGUGAAGAAAGUGAUCAGCUUCAGGCACUAAAGGAACAAAUCUUUUCCCUUACGCAAGAGAACAAUUCAUUGCAGGAUAAGUUGGACAAUUUGCAUUUGAAAAAAGAAGAGUAUGGGGAAGGAACUUCGAUACCACAGAUUCAAGAAAAAUCCAUUGAGCAAGAAUUGUUUCUUCUAAGAGAAGAGCUGAGCCAAGCACAAAGGAAAUUGCAUGAAAUGGAGGAAGCGAAGGCCAAUGAAUGUCAAAGAGAAUCUGAAAAAACGGGGACGACAGAUCAUAUUCCAAAAUUGCAUGACCAUCAGGAUGUGAGCGCUCUGACAGAAGCAGAGAAGGAUAAUCUUAAAAUGCAGCUGGAGAAUCUCCAAAAUCAGAGGGACCGUUUAAGAGAAACUGUACAGGAGGCAACCAGCAAGAACUCAGAGAUGCAGGAAGAGUUGACAUGUGCUCAUAACUCUCUCAGACAACAUCAGGAGACUAUUGCUGAGCUGAAAGGAGGUAUUUCAGAGAAAGAAGAUCAACUCUUGAAAGCACAAGAGGCCUUGAAGGAAACAACGGAUGAACUGCAGCGGAAGCUCACUGAAGUAACUGAAAACCUGACUCGUGUCUCUUCUGAAUAUGCCAAGCUACUGACAGAAAAAGAAGAAAUUGAAAGAAGCAUGAAUGAGAAUAUCCAUCAGCAGCUUGAGCAAAUCACUUUACUUAAUCAGGAGAAAGAUGAGCUACAGCGGGUGGUAGAGACCUGUAAAGCAGAAAGAGAUCAGUUAGAGGCUGAGUGUCUGGAAAGCAAGGAGAAGGUAGUGAAGUUGAAUGAGGACUUAAAUUUGGUAACUCAGGAAAGACACCAGCUGCUGGGAGAACUGAAAAAGACUGAGGGUGAAAGCAGUAAACUUCCACAGCUGCAGGAACAAUGUGAUCUGUUAGUACGGGAGAGAGACCAGCUCCAGGAAAUGCUGGAAGGUGUUAGAGCAGAGAAGAACCAACUGGAGAUUAACCUACAGGAGAGUGCUGAUAAGAUUCUCGAAACUGAAAAGGAAUUGAAGCGGCAAGAAGAACUCCUCAGCAAUGAGAAGGCCAAAGCUGAAGAAAGGGAAGAGCACUUGUUAAAGGUUCAGAGGCAGUCCGAGAUUUUGGAGGACAAUCUAACAAACCAGAUUCAACAGUUAACUGAGACUCUCAACAGCGUAUCAUGUGAAAAAGACCAGUUAUUGGCUGAAAGAACUAGUCACUCUUUCCAACUUCAAGAACAAAUCUUAUCAAUUAAUCAAGAAAAAGAUGAGCUACAACAACAUCUCCAGGAUGUCAAGUCUGAGCGGGACCAGCUCAAGACAGAAUUGCAAAAAAUAUCCAAGAUGUGUGUUGAAGCAAAUGCAAAACUGGAAAAUGCUCUAGACCAACUGAAGCAGAAGAGCUUGACUAAGAUGUCCAUUCAGGUGAAUCCCCUGGAUAAUGCAGAGCAGAUGGUUGAUGGCAGCCUGGAGGAAAAUACCUUGAAAAUUAAGCUCACUGAAGUAACUGAAAACCUGACUCGUGUCUCUUCUGAAUAUGCCAAGCUACUGACAGAAAAAGAAGAAAUUGAAAGAAGCAUGAAUGAGAAUAUCCAUCAGCAGCUUGAGCAAAUCACUUUACUUAAUCAGGAGAAAGAUGAGCUACAGCGGGUGGUAGAGACCUGUAAAGCAGAAAGAGAUCAGUUAGAGGCUGAGUGUCUGGAAAGCAAGGAGAAGUCCUUAAAAGUUCUGACAGAAAUGGAAAAUCUACAGGAAGAACUAAAACAUCAGAAAGAGCAAGUUGAUAUCCAGAAGAACCUGCUAGCAAAUGGUGAAAAGAUAUUGCGGAACACUGAAGGAAAACUAAAUGAAGAAAUAAACAAACUGCAAGAAAAGGUAGUCAAGUUGAAUGAGGACUUAAAUUUGGUAACUCAGGAAAGGCACCAGCUGCUGGGAGAUCUGAAAAAGACUGAGGGUGAAAGCAGUAAACUUCCACAGCUGCAGGAACAAUGUGAUCUGUUAGUACGGGAGAGAGACCAGCUCCAGGAAAUGCUGGAAGGUGUUCGAGCAGAGAAGAACCAACUGGAGAUUAACCUACAGGAGAGUGCUGAUAAGAUUCAACAGCUAUCUGAGACUCUCAACAGCGUAUCAUGUGAAAAAGACCAGUUAUUGGCUGAAAGAACUAGUCACUCUUUCCAACUUCAAGAACAAAUCUUAUCAAUUAAUCAAGAAAAAGAUGAGCUACAACAACAUCUCCAGGAUGUCAAGUCUGAGCGGGACCAGCUCAAGACAGAAUUGCAAAAAAUAUCCAAGAUGUGUGUUGAAGCAAAUGCAAAACUGGAAAGUGCUCUAGACCAACUGAAGCAGAGGAGCUUGAAUAAUAUGUCCACUCAGGUGAAUCCACUGGAUAAUGCAGAGCAGAUGGUUGAUGGCAGCCUGGAGGAAAAUACCUUGAAAAUUAAGGAGCUUCUUGAGAGAUUCCUAGAUAUAGGGAAGAGGUAUGAAUGUCUCUCAACAGUGUCUCUUGAUCUAAAGAAUGAACUGAAUAGUCAGAAAGCACUGAUAGCUGUGAUAUUGGCCCAGCUUUCAUCGCAAGAGAGCAAACAAGUCCAAAGACUUCAAACUGAAAAUGAGAAAAUAAACGGUCAUCUCCAGAGUUUAUUGAACAAACUGAAGUUUCUGUUCAGUCGUGUUUGCCUGAAGAAAAGAGAAUAUUAUACUACUGUUAACAAGUAUGAAAUGGAAUUCCUUGAGGAAAAGAGAAAGCAGGAUCAGCUGCGAGCUCAGAUUCAGUUUAUCAGGAAGACUUAUUUGAACCAGAAUGAAAUAUCUUCUCAAGAGCUAAACACCAGUGAAUGGCUGCAGAGUUUGCACUUGGAUGCAGAGAGUAUUCUCAAAGACAUAUCAGAAAUGGAAAGUGAACUUCUCAGCAUAGAGGCAGAGUUGCAGCAGGAAGAAAGUGCUAGAAAAGAAACAGCACGGUUCUGGGAAGGGUGUUCAGGAACCCUCUGUGAUGCAGAGGAAAUUAAAGAAGAGUUAAAGAAAGACAACGAAAGGCUUUUGCAAGUCAUUAAAUUCUGGACUCCUAAAGUAAAGAUACUCCUUCAACUGUCUUCAGAGCUGGAUGCCAGAACUGCCAGUUAUUGUAAAAAUGCUGAUGGUGAAUCGGAACAGAGAAAAGAGAAAAGUAAAGAGUUGCUUCAGGAACUAAACUCUCUUAAAGAACAGCUGGCCCCCGGUGGCUCUGCCAGUCUUGCAUUAGAAGAAGAACACUAUAGGCUUCGUAGCAAAUUAAAGGCUGCAGAACAAGAUAUAAAGGCUAUGGAAGGAAAAAUUCAGGAGCUGGAAAACGUGAUAAAUGAAGUAAGAAAAAACGUCAAAGAGAAAGAUGACAAGAUAAACAAGUUACAAGCACAGAUAAGAAUGAAAACAGACACAAAAGAGCUCAGCCAACUGCAAGAGAAACUGAAUGCAACAGAGAAGCAUCUCGGAACUUCCUUAGCAGAAAACCAGAGACUUCAGGCAAAAUUAGAUAAAGGUGCCGAGUUGUACAAAGAAGAAAUUGAUAAUCUCAAAACACAAUUGGUAAAACACGAUAUGGAAAGAAUGAAGCAAUCCAAAUCUUUUGAUACGCAACUUGCUAAUUAUAAAGCUGUCGCAGAACACAAAGAACAACAGUUAAGAAAGCUAAAAGAAGAACUUAGAAGGGCACAGCAAGACCACGAUGUUACUGUGCUGGAAAAAGAAGCUCCUCGGCAACCCCAAAUGGCCCUAACUUGUGGUGGUGGCAGUGGUAUCGUGCAGAGCACACAAAUACUUGUUCUAAAAUCUGAACAAGCGAAGCUACAGAAAGAGAACUUGCACCUGAAGAAACAAAAUGACCUUCUACUAAGUAAUGAGCUUCAGCUGAAAGGGGAACUUAGCAAAUGGAAAGAAAGAGCACUAAAAUGGAAAGAACGAUCCUCAAGAGAAAUCACUCGCGAUGCAGUACCAAGGUCUCCAAGGAAGACAGUGCCAUACUCUCUUAAAGAGCAAAUGCCUUCUCCCUCCAAGGAGCCUGUUUCUCAGGAAACUGUGGCUCAGAACAUAUCACAGCCUCUGCCACUGACUUGUCCAACCAAUUUAUUUGAUAAUUCCAGCUUGGAUUUGCAAACAGAUAUACAACCUGCAGGAGCAGAGCCCAAAGAACAACUUAAGCACUGGUUUGGAACUUCAGAGAAAGAUAAAGCCCCUGAUUGCAUCACCCAAUGAAGAUGCUCUUGCGUAAGCUGCCUUUGCAGUGGCUACAGCCAGAACCUGCAUUUACAAAAUUCACUUCAAGUAAAAAGACAUCAGCCUCUUCCACCAAUUGUGGGAAGAGCUCCAAUGGCAUGCGAAGGCUUGCUGUCUUGGAGUUGCUACUUCCAACAAUUGGAAAAGCUGGAAUACAAGAACAACAAUGAAAAAGCAAAUCACGUUGCCCCGCAACCUGCUGAUCUGAUGAUGUUCCACUUCCAUGGGUUUUUUUUUGGAUGGCAAAGAAAGAAAAGCCAAUGUACUGAAGAAAAAAGAUGGAAACGGGAAUGGAUCGCAAACUAACCUACUGUGAAACUUUUCUCAAUCUUAAACUUUUUAUUCUGUCACUUCUAAAACAGCCCUCUUCUGGGUGGUCGAUAUCUGAAUGUUCAGUGUGCUGUUGAGUUGGAAAGAAUUAUGCUUGUUUCUCAGCAUAUGGUUUUUAUACCAUGCUCUCUCUACGUCCAUAGAAAACUGCAUUUUCACCACAACUGUAACCUCUCUUUCUGGACGUUGCAACUGAAGUUACUAAUUUUCUGCUUAUAAGGGCACACAACCAAGGGUUCCUCUUAAAUUUCCUUUGCUAUUUCUGCAGCUCAGCCAAUUAUGGUGCCAAGAGUAACUUUUGUCUUUUGUAUCAUCUUUCAAUAUACUUCUACCUUCUGCCUGAAGUAGGCUAUUGGAAUUUUUUUUUUAAGAGUAAGCAAUGGACCAGGCACUUUUCUGCUACUCUAGAGAAUUGAAAAUAGACUGGACGAUCGGGGCUGCAAGACUGACUAUUUUACUAGCCUGCUUCUCUGCAUGGUGAAACCUAUUUUUCUAUGUUUUGUAUAAAAAGGUUUGUUUUGACAAUAAACUUUAGUGUGCUAAGUAUUUAAAAAUAGUUUUUCUGGUCACUUCACUUGCACUAUGAUUUAAGGAUGUUGAUUAUGUUAUUCAGUGUCUAAAGACUGUCUCCUACAGGGAUUUCAUGACUUGAAUCUUAUUAUAGUUUUUGUCUGUUACCUAUAACUUUGCAAUAAUUACUUUGUGCAGAUGUUUACUGUU